AUGUACGAUCUAAUUAUCAUUGGUGGUGGAGUUGUGGGGUGUGCCAUUCUACGCGCUGCUACGUUGCAAGGAUACAAAUGUUGUCUCGUGGAAGCACAAGCCGAUUUGCUGUCGCAAGCUUCCGGUAGCAACUCGGGGAUUGCUUGUACCGGCGUGGACGCCACGCCAGGAACUUUAGAGCGAGCUUUAAUUCGAGAUGCUAAUUCACAGUUUCGAAUAUACUGUGAAGAGCACAAUAUUCCAACGCGGCCUUGUGGAUCGUUGGUCUGUCUUUGGCCUUGGGAUAAGGUUCACGAAGAAACGAGUGGUUACAACAAACAUGACGGUGAUCAUCAUCCUGCCUUGAAGACUGUCUUAGCAGAAUCUCAUGAUGCAGGAGAUACUCACGCAUCUCUGCUGACACAAGGGCAAAUACUUGGAAUGGAACCAAACUUGUCGUCCUUUGUGCAAAGCGGUUGUCACAUUCCUGGAGAAAUCGUCGUGGAUCCUUGGUUGUAUUCCAUUUCUUUGGCGGUUCACGCCAGAGAAAAUGGAGCCAAAAUCAUCAACAACUUUCAUGUCGACCCAUUACAAUCCUCAUUUCGAAACGGUGUUUGGACAAUGGUCAACGGGAAUUUUCAGAUGAGCAAACCACAGGAGAACAACAAACCACAAGAGAACAACUCUGCUCCCAAGUUGGUUCAAGGAAAGGUCGUCGUGAAUGCAGCAGGAAUCUUUGCCGACCUCUUGCAAAGGCAGUUUGGAGCCAAGAAUAGCAAUGGAAACAAGAAGGGCGGAGAGUUCCAAGGAAGUUGGACUGCCAAACCACGACGCGGACAGUAUCGUGUUUACAAUACCGCACCCUACUCACGAACGCGGAUCAUGCAUCCUAUUCAACCUGUCCCAUCGCAAUUCACGAAGGGAAUCUUUGUGUUUAGUACAAUGUAUCAUCAAUUGGUUGUGGGGCCCACAGCAUUGGAUCAAGAUUCACGAACGGACCGAAGGAUUGAUCAAAAGGUUGCGAAGCAAUUAGAUGCCAUCGCUAGCCGCAUUAUUCCGGAACUAGAUCCAGAAUCUGCUUGUGUGGGAGAAUAUGUCGGCAUCCGACCUGGAACCAAUCAACGAGAUUAUCAAAUACACUUGGAUCCUGCUCAUCAAUGGAUUGCCGUGGCAGGAAUACGGUCCACUGGAUUGACAGCAUCCUUAGGCAUUGGAAACUACGUCUUGCGGCAGCUACAGUGUGUGCUUCCGCCACUGCCACCGAAGAAUGUUGAAACAAAGUUAACACCAUUGCCUUCAGUCAGAGAGCUGCAAAAGGAGUUUCAAGCGUCAUCAGCGGGACAUGUUACCAUCCAUGGCCAUUCCUACAAGGUCACGCACCCAUUGACGAAAUUAGGAUGGAGCAAACGGAAUACGUCAGGACUCGAGACAGCCACAUCUAAACUGUAA